AUGGCUGACACAGAUGAACCUUUACUCCAGUGUAAGGGCUGUAGCAAAACCUUUAAUAAAAAGAGUCAUUUGAAAAGCCAUAUGAGGAUUCACGUUGAGAGACCUUACAAGUGCGUACUAUGCGAGUGUAGUUUCAGACAGAAGACGAGUUUGGAGUCGCACUUCAGGGCACAUACAGGUGAGAAACCAUACCCAUGUCAGUUCUGCGGUAAGCGGUUUGCACAGAAGGGUUACUUGAUUCGCCACCUUCGAUUACACACAGUUGAACGACCUAGUAAACAGAUGACAAGUACUGGAGUUCGACUGUACAGUUGUGAGCAUUGCGGUCAGGAUUUUACAUUAAAGCGAAACCUGGAACGUCAUGUGCGAAAACAUACGGCAGGUGAAAAAAAAAUGCACAUAUGUCCAUACUGUGGUGAGGAGUUUACGCGUAGAUUUCACUUGGUGUACCAUACGACUGUUCAGCCAUUUUGUACAGAAAGGCCAUCCAAUGAUGAGGCAGAUACUAGUAAGAGCCAGUCGAAAACUGACAAAGAAGCUCAAAAGGUGACAAACAAUUGCAAUGACAAAGAGCAAAGAAAGUCUAUUUGCGUGGAUGACAGUGUUGAUAAAAAAUAA